GAAGAAAAUUAUUUUGAACAGGUAUUACUGCAUUCUCAAAAAGGAUAAGAACAAUCCCAAGAGUCCACCAGUUUCCAUCUCUUUCUACUUCGCCCAUUAACUCAACUAAAUCCCUGUUUUCUCCCGUGAUUCCAGCUCCGAAUUCCGAUUCCGGGUCUUCAUACUUUUUUAUAGCUUAGAGGGGAAUGCAGAGUGGUGCAAGCUACGUUUGAAUUUCUGGCGUAUUUAUGAAGAACAAGUGGAUUUCGGAAUCAAAGAGGCAACAGAAAUUUUAGUUUCUUGGAUUGAUUGGUUAAGGAACGUGCUCUGUUACUGUUUUCUGAAACGGAAGUUAUGGAGAAAAAAUCUUACCAGAAUCUGACUGAGCUGCUGAUAAAGGAAUAUGUACUAGCAGAUUCCUUCAUCCCAUACACAUCAAUUAUAUGUGGGAUUUGUGCAUGCAAAAUGGUCUAUGAUCUUACUCAAUCGUUUAGCAGUGUUUACUUUAAGAGCUAUUCUAGCUUAUCAAAAGUCCAACGCACUGAAUGGAGCAACCGGGCCAUAUCAACCUUUCAUGCCAUUUUCAUAGCAGCUAUGUCCUUAUACUUAGUGUUUUGGUCAAAUCUCUAUUCUGACAACCAAUAUGCUGGUCUGGUUACUUUCCGCAGUUCUUCACUGUCUACAUUCAGUUUGGGGGCAUCCGUUGGUUACUUUCUUGCUGACUUGGGGAUGAUCAUUUGGUUUUACCCUUCUCUCGGUGGAAUGGAAUAUGUCCUUCAUCAUCUUCUGUCACUAAUAGCUGUAGCAUAUUCUAUGCUGAUUGGGGAGGGGCAGCUUUACACCUUCAUGGUACUCAUUUCUGAGACUACAACCCCUGGGAUCAACUUGAGAUGGUAUCUUGACACAGUUGGAAUGAAGAGAACCAGAGCUUACUUAAUCAACGGAGUUGUAAUAUUUGUUGCUUGGCUGGUUGCUCGAAUACUCUUGUUUAUGUAUCUAUUUUACCAUGUCUACAUGCAUUACGAUGAGGUGAAGCAGGUUCAGAGCUAUGGACUGGUGUUAAUAUUUGUGGUGCCUUGGGUCCUGUCGGUUAUGAACUUAAUCUGGUUUGCGAAGAUUAUAAGGGGAUUAAGGAAGACAUUAGCAAAGAGGCACUGAGGAAGAGGGAAACUGUUGGACGGAUGGGCAAAAGAAAUCAUUGUAUUGGAUUAGGCUUGGCUAAAUAUCCUCGUCUUCCACAUUGUGAUUAUAAUGUGUAAAUGGGUGUAACAGAUGAGAUCAUGAUUGUAAUUUUGAAGCAGUGAUUUCAAACUAAAUUCUGUGUAAACAUGAUGAAGUUGAUUGAAUUAAUAAUUAAUUAUAUGAUAAAUAUUUAUUUCA